CCGCCAACGCCGCAGCCGCCACCAUGGGAGUGCAGGUGGAGACCAUUUCUCCUGGAGGCGGGCGCACCUUCCCAAAGCGCGGCCAGACCUGCGUGGUGCACUACACGGGGAUGCUUGAAGAUGGAAAGAAAUUUGAUUCCUCUCGGGACAGAAACAAGCCUUUUAAGUUUAUGCUAGGGAAUCAGGAGGUGAUCCGAGGCUGGGAAGAAGGGGUAGCCCAGAUGAGUGUGGGUCAGAGAGACAAACUGACAAUCUCCCCAGAUUAUGCCUAUGGAGCCACUGGGCACCCAGGCAUCAUCCCACCACAUGCCACUCUGGUCUUCGAUGUGGAGCUUCUAAAACUGGAAUGACAGAAGUGGCCUCCUCCCUUAGCUCCUUGCACAUGGAUCUGCCAUGGAGGGAUCUGGUACCUCCAGACGGGUGCACAUGAAUCCAUGUGGAGCUUUUCCUGAUGCCCACCACUCUUUGUAUAGACACCUACCCGACUGAAUGUGUUCCGUCACUCGGCUUUGCUUCGGACACCUCCAUGUCCUCUUCCUUCUCUGUAUGUGUGUUGACCUAAACUAUAUGUCAUAAACCUCAAGUUAUUUUGUUUUGGGGUGAAGAUUCAAUUUAAGUCUUUCAGAUCUAGGUUUCCAAUGAAGUAUAUUGUCAAGUAUUAACAGCACAAGCGAUGGGUUAACUUUAGAAUAGGAAUUGGUGUUGGGGGUGGGAUUUGCAAGAAUUUUUAUUUUAUUUUAUUUUAAUUUUUUGGAUGAAAAAUUUAUCUAUUAUAUAUUAAGACAUUCUUGCUGCUGUGCUGCAAAGCCAUAGCAGAUUCGAGAUGCUGUUGAGGGCUGGAUUUUUCUCCAGUGUGGGAAGUCCUGUUAAAUUGAAAGCCCUACCCAAACUGAAGUGGGAAGGGAGGGAGCGAGCCUUUGACAGCCCUCCCACCUUCUGAAACUGUCUGCCUUGUAAAGCAGGUCCCUUUACUGCUGUGUUAGACACUACAGUCCCUGUCCCUGGGUCGACAGGGACCUUUGAAGCCUUCUUUGUGACCUGGCUUAAUUUGUUUUUCAUCCUAUGGUUUUUCUAAUGGAUUUUCAGGACUUUUGUAAUCUUGUAACUAUCCAAGCUCCACUUCCUAAAUUUUAAGAACUUUAAUGGAAAGUUUAAAUUGAAGGUGCUGUUUGUAGACUCACCACCCGAUGGACGCCCAGUCGUCACUACAAAUCCUUGAGUGUUCUCUAAGAAGAUGAUGCUGGUCAUCACAGCUUCAGCAUCUCCUGGGUUCUGAUGCUUGGCUCUCUCUGCUAAUCUUGGCUUUCUGGCUUUUCCUCCCUCAGUUCCUUCUCACCCUCUGCUGUCCUGUGUAGUGAUUUGGUGAGAGAAAGUACGCUUUUGUCCCUUGCCCUCUGCACCACAAAUGCGUUUCAAGUUUUAUUAUUGCAAUAAAAGUGCUUUAUGCUGGCUUUUCUCAAAAAAAAAAAAAAAAA